UCACUAUUUGCUCGUGUGAGGAGCCCCGCGGGGGUUGAAAAGCCGCAUUCGCAUCGUCCUACAAAUUCUCAACCUACUCGUAAACGAACCCCAUUAUUCGCAGCGUUUGCUUCAUCGACUCCCCAAGCUCAUUUUCAAGGAUGACAGAGCCAGGAUUUUUACCUAGGGAGAGGCUUUUUAAGCAGCAGCAGCAUUAUCAGAGCAUUAAAAAAUACACUCAUCUGAAAGGGCCAUAUGAUAGGAUUACCUCUGUUGCAAUUCCCCUUGCCUUAGCAGCUGCUUCUGGGGCUCUCAUUAUACGCGGGAUCUAUAAUAUGUCUCAUGGAAUUGGGAAAAGAGAAUGAGAAGGCUACGUCUGCUAUGGGCUGUUAUGCAUUUGAUUUGGAUAUUGUUUUUUGACAUUAUUUGAUCCUAAUAAUGGCUGUUUCUGGUUUUUCCAUGAUUUCAUUCUGCCUCUUUGUGGACAAAUAUGUCCCCAGCAGUCGGUCUCCGAUUGAGAACCAUGUUGUGGAUGCAUUUUGUUAAGCCUGAAGUGAUUGUCUAGAGUUUCAAACAA